AUGGCUAAUCGAAGGCAAUAUAAGCACAUGCGUAAAUGGACAGAUCAAAUGAACGAGGAUCUUUUGAGUUGCAAACGCGAGGCUGUGGCAAUGACACAAAUAGAACAACCACCGUUGGAUGGAAAUUGCAAGAAAAAAGGCUAUAUUAAACUCAUGAAGGAGCUAUGGGAUGCGAAAGGAUAUAAUGAUUUUGGCUUCUCAAGCCAGAAUUUGCGUGAUCAAGCUGCAAGGCUGGAGAAAUCUUUGGAGCUGGGGGACUCGAGAAACGUAUCAAGAGAUUCUGUUGCUAUAAACCAAAGCAAUUAAUUUACCGGAGUUGAAUAAAGACAAUUUAAUACGGGAUUCGCAAACGGGAGAGGGCUCAAACGGUUUCGAUAAGUCGGCGAAAGAUACCGCCUUGAUUAAUGAAUCGCAGUAUACAAAUCAAACGAAUGAAUUGCAAACAACAACCCGCCACGAUUUGCAUAAUAGUCAACAUGAAAUUCCGGGAGCACUCGACCAGAACGAAGAUAAUGCAAUUAUCUCGGGCUGUCUUCCGGAGUAUAAUGUAAAUAAACGACCUAUGAUUAAUUGGGGGAAGCGAGGCGAUGGACGAACAAUAGUUAUAUCGACUUCAGACAUUACAGAUGCAUAUGAUGAAAUUACAGCGUGGAAAAAGAAUGUUUUUCUAGUGCCAUACGGGAAAAUAGGAAGGGAUUUUAUGGAUCAAAUAACGAUGCAUAUAAACGACUGGAAUAGCGGUUCGGAAAAUCAACAUGUUUCCCUAAAAGCUGUUUUUGUACUUCUCGCCGUUGGGCUUCAAAAGCCAAACCCGAAGUCCAAGGCAAAGGACCAUCAAGAUGCCUUGUCAAAGCGACUUGCACUUUGGAAGGACGGUGAGAUCAGUAAGCUAAUACGUGAGGGACGAAUCAUACAAAGUCGUAUUGGAAAAUUUAAAGGAUCAAACCACCUGAUAAAGCUAAAGUCUUUGCUAAGCUUGUGCUAG